AUGUCUAUGGUGGACCAGUAUAAGAUUGGAUCCUACCAAGGUGGAAACUCUGGUGGUAACCCAGCACCUGAAUCUGAACCUGCACCGGAACCAGCCCCUGCUCCAGAACCAGCACCAACACCAGGCAACAAUGGAGUUGUAACCGCUGCGCAGCUCUCUCAACACAGCUCUCCGGGUGAUUGCUGGAGUGUUUACUUUGGGGAGGUCUAUGACUUGACGGAUUACAGCCACCCAGGUGGGGAUUCCUUCAUUCACGGAAGCUGUGGAGGAGAUGCAACUUCUGGAUUCCAAGGGAUUCACCCAGACAGCUACAUGUCCAUGGUAAGCCAAUACAAGGUGGGCUCCUACCAAGGGGGUAGUUCAGGCAAUCCUUCUCCACCACCUCCGGCUCCUGCACCAGCUCCUGCACCCGGCAACUCUGGUGGCAACUCUGGUGUCAUUACUGCUGCCCAACUGUCUCAACACAGCUCCUCUGGUGACUGCUGGAGUGUCUACUUUGGAGAGGUCUAUGAUUUGACAGAUUACUCCCACCCAGGUGGUGAUGCCUUGGUGCAUGGAAGCUGUGGAGGAGAUGCCACAGCAGGUUUCUCGGGUAUCCAUCCUGACAGCUACAUGUCUAUGGUUAGCCAAUACAAAGUUGGCACCUAUCAAGGAGGCAACAGCGGUGGCAACAGUGGUGGCAAUGGAGGUGGCACUGGAGCUUCAAUUUCUGAAUCCGAGCUUGCCAUGCAUUCAAGUUCUGGGGAUUGUUGGGUUUCUUACUAUGGUGAAGUCUAUGACAUGACAGCCUAUGCCCCCAUGCAUCCAAAUGGAGCUGGUGAUAUCACAGAUGAUUGUGGUCAAGACGGUACUGAAAACUUUGCAGAUGAGCACAGUCGUGGUAUGCUCAGCAUUGUUAGUGGAUACUAUGUGGGGAUGAUGGAAGGCUACAGUGGUGGCCCCGACUACAACUUCCCAAUGGAUUCUGACGAGGACGAAGACGACGAGGAUGACGAGGACGAGGAAGAUACCAUGAACACUGGAAAUGGUGGGGGUUGCAAUGCAGGAGGCAGUACCACUGUCACAGCAUCUGACCUUGCGAUGCAUAACUCUGCCUCUGACUGCUGGAGUGUCUAUUUCAAUGAAGUCUAUGAUCUUACGAACUACAACCACCCAGGUGGCGAUUCUUUUAUCCAUAGCAGCUGUGGUGGUGAUGCCACAUCUGCCUUCCAGGGUAUCCACCCUGAUAGCUACAUGAACCAGGUGUGCCAAUACAAGGUUGGACCCUAUGAUGGCAGUGCCCCCGCACCGGCUCCAGCCCCGGAACCAGCUUCUGCACCAGGCAACUCUGGUGGUGGCAACAAUGGAGUCAUUACUGCUGCUCAACUGUCUCAGCACAGCUCUUCGGGUGAUUGCUGGAGCGUUUACUUUGGUGUGGUGUACGAUUUGACAGAUUAUAGCCACCCAGGAGGUGACUCUCUUGUUCACGGUAGCUGUGGAGGUGAUGCUACUUCUGGAUUCCAAGGCAUCCAUCCUGACAGCUACAUGUCCAUGGUAGAACAAUACAGGCUUGGAGACUAUGAAGGAGGCAAUAGUGGCGGCAAUUCGGGAGGCAACAACGCCGGUGGCAACGCGGGAGGCAACAGUGGUCAAAUCAGCACGGCCGAACUUGCCAGCCAUGGAAGUUCUGGUGACUGUUGGGUAGCCUACUAUGGAGAAGUCUACGAUGUCACUUCCUAUGCCCCCAGUCACCCCAAUGGAGCCGGUGAUAUUACUGGUUCUUGUGGUGGAGAUGGAACCGGUGGUUUCGCUGGAGCUCAUGGCCGUGGCACCCUUGGUAUCAUCAGUGGCAGUUUCAAGGGCAUGCUGGAAGGCUUUUCGGGCAAUGGUCCUACAUCUGGCAGCUAUCCCAUGGGCGACUCUCCCGAGUCAAUGGAUGACGAAGACGAUGGCGAAGACGAGGACGAGGACGAGGACGAGGACGAAGAUCGUCGUGGUCGCUAUUUGCGUAAGGGAUUCUUCUAG